AUGUGCUUCGGAGGCGGCGGCAGCAGUCGACGUGGCUACGGUGGCAGCAGCGGAGGCAUGAUGGGCCCUCGUCCAGUUAAGGAAGUCCACCACCAUCAUCACGGAGGAGGCAUGGGAGGAGGUCGCAUGGGAGGCGGCAUGAUGGGUGGAAGCCGAAUGGGAGGUGGAGGACGUUGCAAUGGCGGCGGUCGAAUGGGAGGUGGUAUGGGAGGUGGAAGAAUGGGUGGUGGAUUGGGAGUCGGCGUCGCUGGCAAACUCGGUUCAAGCACCAUCCGACUAAAGCGUCUCUGGGAUGAAGUUCAAGAUGUCCCCGCUAGCGUCCAGCGAUGUAUCGAGCACCUUGAGCUUCUCGCUCCAGCAUUAGAAGAGAUGGACCAUGAGUUUCAGAGAAUAAGCACCGUGGUACAGAAUGACUCCGCCGCGAAACGAAGUCUCGAGUAUUCGCGCAAAGCUGUCGCGGCACUCGAGUCCCUGGUGAGAAGUUUAGAAAAUCAAUUGACUACAGCCAAGAAAGGUCGCCGGCUCGUGGCUCAGUUGAAAGUUAGGAUGAAGAAAGAAGUGAUUGAGGAACAUCAGCAGCAACUUCAAUCUGUGCUUCAGUUGGUCACCCUGUCCCAGCAGACGUAUCUGAUUGCGUUGUCGCGAGCCCAACCCGAGAUCAUCGUAUCAGAGAUAAAGAAUUGGCAAAACUCAAACCGCAUCCAGCAACUUUCUGGAAGUACCGAAAACGAAGGUACCCUUGCUUCGAUAUGGACAGAGAAUAAGGAAACAAUACUGAAAGAGGUGUUCGACGGGCAACCUCAUAUCAACAGAUUCGCUACAGCCACAAGGCUUUGGGAUUCAAUACUGCAUCUUACGACCGCGGAAUCGGUUAUGCUUAAGCAGGUCAUAGAUUGGGAAGCCGCCGAUCCAGUGGUAGCGCUUGAAGCCAUGUCCCAAAGGGUGGUCAGUGUUGUCGACAUGAGGACUUCUACAAUACAAGGCUGUCGACUGAAAGACUUCGCCAUCCAGUACCUCCAUGAGUACCUUAAUUGCUCGCCCUGGAUGGACGAGUGGCGCCUUACCGCCCAAAGGCUUUUCCGUGACGCUAUUUGGGAAGAUCUAGCCGCCUUGCAUAUCGAUCAGAUUGUAAAGGAUAUAUGGCAAUGGCAGUUCCCACUGGGGGCGUUCGAGAAAUGGCUUAAUAGAGUCCUCGGGAUAUUCAAGGAAGACCUAACCCAGGCAGGGUUUCAAUUGACAAUGGCCCCGAGGUUCUAUGGUGUCCCUAGCCGCAAACAAAGCUUGUCUGGUCUUGGGACAAUGUGGAUUUCGACAAGUGACUGCGCUGCACUGUGGGAUCCAUAUGUUGAGGAACUCGCUGGCGAAUUUUGGCACAAGAUUGAGACCACUCCCCUGUCUGUACCGGGAUCUUGGGUUUUCGAUGACGAGGAUGAUCAUGACAUAUCUGAUUGUCUUUUUUGGCCUGCAAACGGGGAUUACCGUUGUACCGACAGGCGUCAGCAGUUCUACCGAGGGAACGAAUGUAUAGACAACAAACCGGGCGUUUUUGGUGGGACAUGCAAGCCCAGAUCCACCGACCUCAUGACAACAUCUACCCUCUCGGUGACAUUAUCUUCCGAAAUUGCCCAAUCAACCGACUCAACAACCACGAUCUCCUCCGUCGUCGAAAGUACUGUUUCAUCUGAAGUGCCAGCCACAACGACCUCUUCCGUACCCUGUCCCAGCUGGACUCCCAUCACGCCAUAUCCCGCCAACAAAGUCUGCGGAAAAGAGGUUUACCGUGGUAACCUCGACUCGUCACCUGUUUAUAUCGGGAGCCAGCUCAAGGAAAACAUCAAUGCUUGCGCCAAAGUGUGCGGCGAUACAAAAGACUGUGUGUCCUUCUAUGCACAGGACUAUGUGCCCGGUCCUGGCGCGCCGACGUACAAGAUCUGUUUUCUGUUCAAGGGAUACGAGGAGGAUAUUGAGUUUGCGCCGGGUGGUGACAAGCCUUCUUAUUGGGAGCAGAGUUGUUUUGAGUGUGUGAGGGAGACGGUAGAUCCUAGUGAGACUUGA